CAUGGUUAAAAAUAGAUUAGAAAUAGAAUUUAAUGCUGUUCUAAAUGCCAUAGAGGAAGAGAUUUUAGAAAAUAUGACAGUAGAAGUUGAUAAAUAAAACAAUUCAAUAAAUUAUAAAAAGUGGUUUGUUACCAUAUAUGGGAAAGAAGGUACGAUUUGGGAAGGAGGAGAGUUUUCAGGAGUUUUAAAUUUCCCUAAAGGAUACCCAAGUGAUCCACCUACAUAUUAGUGGACUUUGUAUGGAGGAUAAUUUUAACAUAUGAAUAUUUUUGAAAAUGGAGUAACAUGCAUAGAUAUUCUAAACAAUAAAAUAGGUUACACUCCUGCAACAACAUGUAUAGAAAUAUUGAAGGGAAUGGAAGGAUUUUUGUAUAAUCCAAAUCCAAAAUCUCCUACAAUGGGAUCUUUGGCAAAAAUAUAUGUGGAGAAUAAAUAACAAUAUGAGAAAUUAAUAAAAGCAUUUGUGAAAAAUUACAUGAUAGAAAAAUAAAAAAAAUAAUAGUGAU